GUACAAAAGGGGAGGGAGUAACGAUCCAAGAUGUCUGUGACUGCUAACGCGAUGGUCACUUUCAGCUGUUUGCUUUUAAAUUUACGUUUAUUUUGACAUCCAAAACGUCAAGUAAUACAGUGGUGUAGUGAAAUAAGUGCUGAAAAUGAUAUCCUCCAUAAUUUCUAGAUUAGUAAUAUUGCUGUUCGGUACGCUGUAUCCCGCUUAUGCUUCUUACAAGGCUGUGAAGUCCAAGGACGUUAAACAAUACGUAAAAUGGAUGAUGUACUGGAUAGUUUUUGCCCUUUUUACCUGUAUCGAAACCUUCACAGAUGUCUUCUUGAGUUGGUUUCCAUUUUACUUUGAAAUAAAAAUCAUACUAGUCAUCUGGUUGCUAUCACCAGCCACGAAGGGUUCCAGUAUUUUAUACAGAAAAUUCGUUCAUCCUACUCUCAGCUCUAGAGAACAGGAAAUCGAUGAAUACAUCUCAAAAGCCAAAGAACAGAGCUACAAGCAGGUUCUUGAUCUCGGCUCAAAAGGAGUUUCAGCUCUUAUGCAAACAGCUCUAAAGGGCGGUGGCGGUAUAGUAAACCAACUCAAAAGAAGCUACAGCCUCAGCGACCUGAGCGACACUGUCCAAGAAGAUGUUGCCCAAGACGAGACUGAUGACGUAGUCAUUACCGAUCCGCGCCUCGUGAGGCGUCGACGUAGUCCUCAGCGAUCAUCUUCUUCCACUUCGGCCAUUUACUUUUCCGAAGUGGAUGUAAGGUCCGAUCGCAUAGCUUCGAUACAAUCAGCCGAAGACAUUUCUUCCGGCUACUCUAGCAGUGAAGGGCUGUAUGCUGGCGGUGUUCCUAAAUUGGCAGCUAGGGAGGGGUUACAUCGAGCCGGUUCUCUCACCAGAUCUCGUACCACUAGAGUUACCAGGUCUACUGUUCCUAGAAGGGCUGGCGGUAGCGAUGAAAGCGAUGAAAACGAAGUAUACGAAACGAAUAUCAUUUUUCAUAACGAUAAGGGGAAGAACAUAGAACGACUUCCAGCUGACAAAUCGGAAUCUUCAAGUGAGGCAGAGUUUUUGGACUCGUUAGACUCUAUGCAUGAUGAUUUAGGUGAAGAAUUUAACAUCACUAUCGAUAGUAAAUCGUUAAUAACUGCAUGUGAUGAGAGUCAGUUGAACCUAGUUACAGUUGAAGGGGAUCUAACAAAAAAUAGUACAUCUCCAGUAUCUAGAACAGAUGAAUUAACGAUUCAGAGCCUUGAACCCAACACUAGCUUGCUGGAGAUUUCAGGAACUGUUGAGACAUUUUCUAAUUUCGUUCAGAACUUGAUAGACACAAAAAAUGAAACCAAUUCGGACAAAACAGUUGUCGAUACAACUGCAGCUGCUAGCGAACACAUUAAGGAUUCACAGUUCAGGGGCAUCGUGGAUGAUGAAAGCAGAGGAACCAAAAAGGCUUCAGUAGAUGAUGUCCAAAAUAAAACUGCUGCUGCUCCAGCCGAGACCUCUGAAGUAAGAAAGGGGAAAUACAACAAAAAAGCUGCUCCCCCACCACCAACAUCUGAUUCUCCAUCUGCCAUCAAGGCAACUCUGAUAUUGAAACCAGGUGUCGUCAAAACUUUCGGCUCAGCUGAGUCUCUCUGUAAGGAAAUAUUUGUAAGCUCGCCAAAAUCUAAGCGACGAUCAGCGGUUAAUAGGUCGCCUUCCUCUCUUUCUUCUACUUCUUCUGAUUUGUCUAGAAGCAAGCACUCUUUCGCAAAGUUCAUUAAGUUUCCGAAGAAGAUUGGAUUUUGGAAUAAAGACGAGUUAUCUGUGGAGAAACCUGCCGAAAAAAGGCCCUCUUGGCAUAGUUAUUUAAGGCAGGACGAACGACCUUUGUCUGAUUCCAAACUGCAAUCCAAAAGCGAUAACAACCUGUUGCAAAUUCCAGAUGUUUCUUUGCAUGGUGCUAACUCACCCAAGAAUGGUAGUCGGCUUUUUCCGAGAACCUUGACCGAUUCUCCAUUGGCGUGCAGAAGGCUGAAAAUUAUAAGAGGACAUGUUGAAGAUAUCGACUAAGAAACAGGCAUGACGCUUUGAGAGUUGAAGAAAGAAAGUGCUACUCUGCCACGGGUUAAAAAAUCGACAAAGAAGAAGACCCUGUGAGUCCCACCAUGAGCUUGAUGGGAAGAUUCCUAGUAAUAUUAAUGAAAGUUUUCAAUCAAUUUACUUUUAGUUGAUAGACAUUUUCUGUGAAGGAUGACAUUUUGUACUUUUUAUCUGUAUUUGGCCAAAGUUUUCCACUUUUCUGUAACAUAGUAGUAGAAUAAUUAAUUUUAACUAGCAA